UUACACAUCGCCUGUUAACUUUGACACACAUCAUGAAAUCCUUCCUCGCAAUUCUCGCCCUCGUGGCCGUCGCAGCCGCUGACGUCUCCCAACUCCGCAGCGCCGACAACGCCGCAGUUAUCCUCAAACAAGACGCUGAUGUCUUCCCCGACCAGUACCAAUACGUCUAUGAGACCAGCAAUGGCAUCAAUGCCCAAGAACGAGGUGUCCUGACGAACGUCGGACGGGAAGACGAAGGUAUUGCAGCUGAAGGAGCAUUCUCCUACCCCGGUGAUGACGGUCAAAUUUACUCUCUAACUUACACCGCUGACCAGAACGGAUUCCAACCCCAGGGUGCCCAUCUUCCCGUCCCCCCACCCAUCCCAGAGUACAUCGCGAGGGCCAUCGCCUACAACCUGGCCAACGCCAAGCCUGAUGUUCAGAGGCCUUAAAUUUAGUACUUAGAGCUAACGCUAAAUCACUGCCAUAUUUUAUUAUUUUGUUAACUCUAGUCGCGUAUUUGUGAUGGAGCAAUUAAAGUUUUAGUGAACCGUU